CGCCCCCUCCCAGCGGAGAGGCGGAGCCUCCGCUUGCCCGCCCGCGGCCGGGGGUUGUGGCCAUGCUGCGCGGAGUAGUGUCGGCCGCCCGGCUGUUCGGUCCCGGACCGGGGAAGGCGGCGGAGCGGCGGUGCUGGUGCCGGUGCCGGUGCAGCAGCAGCAGCGCGGCGGGAUGGCGGCGGGAGUGGGUACCGCCGGCAGGGCGGGACAGCGGGAUCGUGGCUUACAACAGCCGGAGUCGGAGCAAGGAGCCGCUCCUCCUGGCCACGGAAGGGGUGGCGACCUGGUACAGCUGCGGACCCACGGUGUACGACCAGGCGCACCUCGGGCACGCCAGCUCCUAUGUUAAGUUUGAUAUAAUUCGGAGGAUAAUGACUAGGUUUUUUGGAAUUGAAGUUAUCAUGGUGAUGGGGAUCACAGACAUAGAUGACAAGAUAAUAAAAAGAGCCAAUGAGAUGAAUAUCUCGCCGGUAGCUCUCGCUCGUAUUUAUGAAGAAGACUUUAAACAAGAUAUGGCUGCCUUGAAGGUCCUUCCUCCUACAGUAUAUAUGAGGGUGACUGAUAAUAUUCCUCAGAUAAUUUCCUUUAUAAAAACAAUAAUUGCUUGUGGACAAGCUUAUGCAACCUCACAAGGCAAUGUUUAUUUUGAUGUUAAGUCUUGGGGAAAGAGAUACGGAGUAUUAACUACUAUUUAUCCUGAUACCCAAGAUGAAGCAGCUGAUACUGAUAAACGACAUAGUAAAGAUUUUGCCUUGUGGAAGGCUGCCAAACCACAAGAGCUGUGUUGGACCUCUCCCUGGGGAAAAGGAAGACCUGGAUGGCACAUUGAGUGUUCCACAAUAUCAAGUGCAGUGUUUGGAAACCAGCUGGAUAUCCAUACUGGUGGAAUAGAUCUUGCAUUUCCUCAUCAUGAAAAUGAAAUUGCCCAGUGUGAGGUGUAUCAUCAGUGUGAACAAUGGGGAAAUUACUUUUUGCAUUCUGGGCAUUUGCAUGUUAAAGGCAGUCAAGAAAAAAUGUCCAAGUCAUUAAAAAACUACAUAACAAUUAAGGAUUUCCUGAAGAAAUUUUCAUCAGAUCAGUUCAGGAUGUUUUGCUUGCGCAGCAGAUACAGCUCAGCAGUAGAAUUUAGUGAUGAAAGCAUGGAUGAUGCAAAGCACCUUCUUCAGGCAAUCUCCUCAUUUAUUAGAGAUGCAAAUGCUUAUAUAAAAGGACAGCUGGUAUGUGACCCUGUUAGAGAAGACAUACUGUGGGAAAGGCUAGCCAACACAAAAGUAACUGUGAAGGCUGCGUUUGCAGAUGACUUUGACACCUCCAGGGCUGUUGCAGCAAUUAUGGACCUCAUUCACCAUGGCAACAGACAGCUUAAGGCUGUUACUAAGGAUGCUGGAGCUCCCAGAAGCUCAGUUGUGUAUGGAAGCAUUAUUUCCUAUAUAGAAGGCUUUUUUACUGCCCUGGGGAUGUCCUUUGGAGAAAGACAGGUGGCUCUGGGAGGAGGUGAUUCUUCCAUGCUCUCUAAUGUCCUCGAUGAGCUUGUAAGGUUCCGUGCAAAGGUCCGAAAUUACGCCCUUGCUCUGCCAGAAGCAGCAGCAGCAGAAGCUGUGCCAAAGGAGGGCACCACAGGAGGAGCUGAAGGACCAACACAAGAACAAAAGGAAAGGAGGAGGCAGCUAAUGGAGGAGAGAAAACCCCUCCUGGAAGCUUGUGACAGUCUGCGUGGAGACCUUGCUGCUUUUGGAAUCCACAUAAAGGACAGAGCUUCUGUUUCAACCUGGGAGAUGGUGGAAGGAGGGCAAGCAGAGCAGCAGACUGAGAAAAAAAGUUGAUCUUUCCUCCUUGGACUUGUUUUUCAAUUCACCUGCUUUGGCAUCAGCUGUAAAUACUGACUCUUUCCAAAUAAAAGCUUUGUUGGCCAUUCUGUUCCAAAGAUAGACCAUAAA